AGUCUCAGUCUCUCUCUCUCUCUCUCUCUCUCUCUCUCUCUCUCUCUCUCUCUCUCUCUUUUUGGCGUGUGAAACGAUGGUUCCAUGGGUUCCAUGGCUGGAGCAACUGGGGAGACUGAUGGCUGCCAUGAGACUGAUCAAUCCCAACAAAACCCUUGGCGUGCCUCACCAGUUGGCCUUCACGACCGAGGUCAAGUUCUUGUGGAUCACCAAGCGCCUUCUGCUCAUGCUGCCCGUCACCUUCACGCCCGCAGGUGGCAUGCGGUUUAGGUGGCGCUCCCGCCAAGUCCUGAUCAUGGUGUCGGGCUGGAUGGUGACGUCCUCGUACAUGGUGGUGGCGAUGACGUCAGUGGCCAAGCGGCGCUUCGCCGAGCUGGCCGGCAACCGGCUGGACAUGGUGGAGGUGGCGCCCCUGCUGGUGGUGAUCGCCAUGACGACCUUCGCCUUCGUCCUGCCCACCGCCGUGCUGCUCUCCACCAAGUCCUUCGGGCGACUGUCCUGCGCCUGGCAGCGCACCGAGGCGUUGUACCGAAGCCUCACAGGCCUCCAUCUGCGGCUGGGUAUCCAGGCGUUGGCACCCACCAUCGUGGUGACAAUGAUAUUCAUGAGCUCCUUGGUGUUGUCCCUUGGCGACUCCAUAGACAUAGAAGCCUGGGAGCUGCCACCGUUGGCACAUUUGGUCUUUAGUGAUGACGCUUCCAGCCUGUGGUGCAUGUGUCACGGAUGGAUCUGCUGCAACAUCGCUGUCGCCUCCACCGUUCGGGGACUCGCCGUGCGAUUGCGACAGGACUGUUGCCGUCUCGGGGUGCGGGGUGUGCGCCUGCAUCGCCUUCUUUGGAUGCAGAGCGUCAAACUCCUGCACAUCACAUGCGAUUGCUACACCAACAUCAAUCUGGUGUACCUGUUCUACAUUUUCGUUGCGAGCGUCGCCUUCGUAUUCACGUACAUCAAGGCGCUGUUCAUAGACUCGGGUCACUCUGUGGGACGCUUGCUGGCGAUAAGUGUCAUAACCCUCACCUUUUUCGGCAAUAUCAUGCUCAUGUGUUACCCUCCUCAAAUGGCUGUCGAUGCGCUUAAAGUUACAGCGAGAGAGCUGCUCCGACUCCCGAUGUCACAUCAAACAAGACCUUUUAGAGCUGAGGUGUUUUACUUCUUACACGACAUAAGACUCGCCAAAGACAAGGUCACAUAUUAUGGAUUGAUUGACAUAAGCAGAUCACGUUUUGUUACGAUGUUUGCGACUGGGACAACGUACAUAGUCGUUAUGUCCCAGAUGGCUCUUCUGUGAUGUCAGCAUAGCAUGUCCAACGCAAGGGAACUUUUUCGUCCAACUUAGGACAUUUUCCUUCCGGCAGAGAAUAGCAAAAUCUUGCGGUUGGCUAGAUAGACUUUGCACAUGGCGUCUCCAUACUUCUGGCUCUGUGGCGCUGUGCUUAAAAUAAUCUAAUCUCCCAUAGUCGUAGAUAUUUUAACACAAAGAGAAGUGCUAUCGUCAAAAUUGAGGCCAUAACUUUGGACACAUAUACUGAGGUAAAUUUGGAGAAAGGCAAUACACGUAGUAAAAUAUUUAAAAUUAUGUUUUUAAAUAAAGAUGAAGGAACGUAAG